GUAAAAAUUCGGAAAUGAUGACAAGCUCAUAACAUGCAACUAUUUUGGCAACUGUUUCCUAGAUGUUUGUCAAAAAGAAAACAAAUACACUCUGGGUCACAGAAAUAAUCUUUUGAAAUGGAACCGGUGAGAGAUCAUUGUGAAAUGUGCUUUGAUGAAACUGCAGUUGGAUUUUGCAAGACGUGUGGGUACAUUGGAAAAGCUUGUUUAGGAAUUCAUAAAAAAGGAAGGGCAUUUCAAAGUCACAUCAUCAAUAUACAUGAAGAAGGUGAAGAAAAGACAAAGGUGAUUAUGCGAGACAUCACAGAGGAAUGUUGUAAAGAACAUCCGAAGGAGAAGGCAAUAUUUCUUUGUAAAGCUCACGACUGUAUGAUUUGUGGUCGAUGUCUUCACUCGGGACAUCUUUCAUGUGGAAAACAAGUUGUUGACUUACUACAGGAGGCGGGAACGAUCGAUAACGACAAAGUAAAUAACAUGAAGCAAGCUUUAAAUGAGCUUAAGAAUGACAGUUUGCGUUUGAAGGAAGAAAGCAGACUUAAAAAUGAAACCAAUGAAGUACAAGCUGAAAAGUGCUAUAAAGAACUUGAUAGUUUGGAAACUAGACUGAAGCGUUCCGUAGAAGAUAUAAUAAGAAAUGUUAGAAAUGAAACAUGCAAAUAUCAAGACGAAAACAUCGAAGCAUUUUCAUGCAUUGCUGCUGUUUGCGAUGAGAACGUAGUUUGGGCUGACGAAGAAGAGAAACAAAUUGAAGAAUUGGUUACAAAUUCCUUUACUGGUCAUCUGUGUCUAAGGAGCAAAGCAUUUAAUAAGGCAGUGUCGGGGCCCAAAUUGAAGAUGAAAGAAAAUGAACAUAAGCAGACUUUUAAAAUAUUUUGCCUUAAGGAAAACGAAAUUGCACUAAAGUGCUUGUUUGAAGACAUGCGAGACGUUUGCCACAUCCAGGAGGAAGUUGAUGGCAGCGAUGAUGGAAGCGCUGUUACACACGACGUGGGGAAUGCAACUUCAGCUAUACAAAAGACAAGAAAGGAACUGUCUGAUGAGCUUAUACAAGUGAAACGGGACCUUGCGAAGUCCGAAAAGACAAGGAAGUCGUUCGAACAAGAGUUACUGCAAGCCAGGCAGGUCAUAGAAAAAUCUGAAAAGGCUUGCGAUACAUCAGCUGAUGAGAAAUGUGUUAUUUGCAUGGAUACCAUUGUUCGUCCCAUAAAACUACAUUGUGGACAUAUGUUUUGCACGGAAUGCAUAUAUGUGCAGUUUCAUUUUAGAAAGGCAUGUCCUAUUUGUGGACUUAUACUGGGGGUAAUAAUAGGAAACCAGACACCUGGGAAAAUGACCGUAUAUGUUGACAAAUUGCGGUGUUGCUCAGGAUAUCCGGAUUUCGGUACCAUUACACUGAACUAUGAGUUCGUGGACGGAUAUCAAACGGAAGAACAUCCAAGUCCUGGUCAAUUUUAUGAAGAAAUACAAGAAACUGGAUUCAUUCCCGACAAUCCACGUGGCAGAAAAAUCUGCAGGAUGCUAAAGAUUGCUUUCAAACGCAGACUGGUGUUUACCAUUAGAGACGAGGGUGUCAUAACAUGGAACGACAUUCACCAUAAGACUGACCGGAGACCGAACUCACAGUUUGGCUAUCCUGAUCCAAAGUACUUGGACCGAGUGACAGAGGAUCUGGCUCUAAAUGGUAUAACAGAAAACGAUAUUCAGAAGGAUGAUAUGCUGCAAGGAACUUUAAUAGUCUAAAUUAGAUCAAACAUCAUCACUGUUAACAAUGUACACCUAUAUGAAUGUACAAUGUCCAGGUAUGUAGUCAUAAAAAAUUCUUCAGUUAUUCUUCAGUCGUUUCUGAACCUAAGUCAAUGUCCAAUAUAUUUCAUAGGCAAGGUUUCAAACAUUAACGUAUGUACAUUCCAUACAAGUAAAGUAAACAUAUUUUAUUAUUUGUAUCAUACAUUCUAGCACACCGGAUAGGCAUUUCCGGUGAAUUCAGCCGUGCUGGAAAUCUCCAUCUGGCAUCCCCCAUGCCAGAUGAGUCACGCGCUGUGACGUAAUAAUUUCAAUUUCUUUUAUAAUUCACUUUAUUUAAUCAUAAUUUUGAGAUUUAAAUAGAUGAGCUCCAUUAACAUUAACUUUACUAAAAUAAAAUUUAAAAAACAAAACAAAAUAACCCUUAAAAGACGUGAUGUCGAAGGAACUUAUUGACGUAUGCAGUGAAUACAAAUUACUGCGCGUCAUGACGUCAGUAAACAUCAUCGCACGCGCUUUUUGGUGAUAUGUACAGAAAUGCGUUUUUUUAUGUAUUAUGUUUACAAAAAAUGUAAUUUAAUAUAUGCUAGA